GGCCGGGGCGGGGCGGGCGUCCCCCUCGCAGGCGCCGGGCCGCGCAUUCUCAGCGCUGGGAGCCGCCGCCCCCGCAGCCGCCGCCGCCGCCGCCCGGUCCCGGACUCCAACGAGUGGUAGCCUAGCGUCCUGGGGAGCUUCUGUCCACGUGUCCUGCAGAGGAGUCGUUCCCAGCCCGGUUGGGGCUCCUUCGCAGGUCUCCCAGGACAGUGGCUGGCUCCACCCGACUCCUGGGCUGGCUUGGGCAUCUGUGUUCCCUCCUCCUAUCUGUCCCCAUCAGGCCCCGCUGACCCCUCCCCUGCCUCCCCAGCCCCAGGAUGGGUGAGUUCAACGAGAAGAAGACAACAUGUGGCACCGUUUGCCUCAAGUACCUGCUGUUUACCUACAACUGCUGCUUCUGGCUGGCUGGCCUGGCUGUCAUGGCAGUGGGCAUCUGGACGCUGGCCCUCAAGAGUGACUACAUCAGCCUCCUGGCUUCGGGCACCUACCUGGCCACAGCCUACAUCCUGGUGGUGGCGGGCGCCGUCGUCAUGGUGACUGGGGUUUUGGGCUGCUGUGCCACCUUCAAGGAGCGUCGGAACCUGUUGCGCCUGUACUUCAUCCUGCUCCUCAUCAUCUUUCUGCUGGAGAUCAUCGCUGGUGUCCUCGCCUAUGUCUACUACCAGCAGCUGAACACAGAGCUCAAGGAGAACCUGAAGGACACCAUGGCCAAGCGCUACCACCAGCCGGGCCACGAGGCCGUGACCAGCGCUGUGGACCAGCUGCAGCAGGAGUUCCACUGCUGUGGCAGCAACAACUCACAGGACUGGCGGGACAGUGAGUGGAUCCGCUCAGGGGAGGCCGGUGGCCGCGUGGUCCCCGACAGCUGCUGCAAGACGGUGGUGGCCAGUUGUGGGCAGCGGGACCAUGCCUCCAACAUCUACAAGGUGGAGGGCGGCUGCAUCACCAAGUUGGAGACCUUCAUCCAGGAGCACCUCAGGGUCAUUGGGGCUGUGGGGACCGGCAUUGCCUGUGUGCAGGUCUUUGGCAUGAUCUUCACAUGCUGCCUGUACAGGAGCCUCAAGCUGGAGCACUACUGACCCUGCCCUGGGCUUGGCCGUGGCUCUGUGCCUUGCUGCUGCUGCACCCAACUACUGAGCUGAGACUACUAAGUGCCAGGGGCUGGGCUCCCUGAUGACACCCACCCUGUGCCAUCACCAUAACCUCUGGGGACCCCAAUCCCAGAGGCAGCUUCAAGUGCCUUUCGCUGCACACCAAAGCCCAGCAGGGAAGUGAGGGGGGCUGGUGGGACGACGGUAUCAGGGGUGUUUUGUGGGGCUCCCUGAACACACUGCCUGGUGGUCACAUGCAGGCUGGAAGGGGCCUUGCUGAGUGGGGCAAGGCCGAGUGUUCCCAGCAGGGGGAGAAGCCCUUCACACCCCAGGCCCUUCAGGGACUGGGGCUUUGCCUUGCAGCCACAUGGCCCCAUCGCAGUCGGAGAAGCCGAGUAAGCUCUGACCCUUGGGCCUGGGCCUCUGCCCCUCCCCCCCAGGCCUCGUCUCCGUCAGAGCCCCUGCUGUCUUCCCCACCGCGGUCACUGUGCACUGCCCCGUCCAUGUGCCUGUGCGGGGCAGGGGCCUCCUGGUUUUGUUCACUGCUGUACCCAGAUGCCUACAACCAUCCCUGCCACAUACAGGUGCUCAAUAAACACUUGUGGGGCAGAUGG